UAAGAGAUCAGUGUCCCUGCGUUCGAUUUAAGGUCGCCUGCAGUCUUAGGCUUGAGCUACAAACAAGAUGGUUGUGAGAAUCCGGAUCUAGUGUGCAACCACCCAGUCGAUUCUUGUCGGGUUCCUAGCAGCGAUUCUAGAUCAACCUGCAGGUCAAAUGAAACAAUGUGCACCACACACCCGUGAGACCUUGCGCACUUUCCUCUCCAACUCUAUCGAACAGUGCACCUGCUCAGUUCUCCUCCUUCUUCUCCUCCCCCUUAGCGGAUCGCUCCUCCCACUUCUUACGCCUGCUCUCCCUAAAUUCCGCUAUGGCCAUCAUCUCCUCGCACGCUGCACCGAUGAUUUCAUCCUCGCGAUCGAUCGCCUCGUCGUCGAACUUGUCGAGGACCUCGUCGAUUUCUUUCUUGGACAUGCCUUUCCUGACGCACUUGUAGUACUUCUGGCGACGCUCAAUCUGCCACUCGACAUCCAGGCGAGCUUGAAUCGUGCGAAUAGCCGGACUGUUCCUGAUGUACUUUGGUAUUUCGCCAGCCAUGGUCGGUCUGUUAAUAUCUGUUUGGCACAAAAAAAAUGGAGAUUUC